GCAAAUAAUAAAAAUACAACAACUGAUGAACAUGCAACGCAAAAUUUCAGUAAAAACCUCUUUUUUCCAGUCAUUUUCACAAUUUUUUACAGCUAUAAAAACCGGAUGUUGACAUUUUUCGGAGGAUUUUUAUUUUGAAGACUCUAGAGGGGUUCCAAAUUAUUUGGAAUGGCAACCUCGGCGAAUACCACGCUGUUUGAGACUUCACUUAGUCAAAUUUUGGACAGCUGGACUGUCCUUAAGUUGGCAGUGGAGCAUGGGUUUGGUGGAGGUGAGAGCAGAGAAAAGGCUGAAUGGAUGGUAUUAGCAAUAGAACAGUGGUUCAAAGAAAAUAAAAACCUUGAUCCUUAUGAAGUAGAAGAAUUUCUAGCAGAUAUCCUCAAUGCAGAAUUUGAUACAAUAGCAGAUGAUGGUAGUUUAUCUGAGAUUGCUGCCAUGAUAUGUGGUGUUCACAGACUAUGUAGUAACGGAGAUGAACCUGCUGUACGACAGAGAUUACAACACUUACAAAAACCCUCAUUAAAACAGUGUGCCAGAGCUCCUAGUGAUGAUGAAGAGGACAAUGAUGAAGAUGAUAUGGAUACUGGCCAUACACAUCACCAAAACUCUACACACCGCCAGAACUUAUCAAAUCACCAAACACAACCAUCACAGUCAGAAGGUGUCUCAUCAGAAUCUAUAACAAAUGGAACUACAUCAAAUGAAACAGAAAUGGAAGACGAUGGAUGGACAACUAUUCACAAAGGAAAAAGAAGAAAAUAACUUGUAUAUUAUAGACAUUGUGUUGAUAUGUAUGUGAAAUGAUUAUAUAAUAUUUAUGAAUGAUAAUAGUCACUGCUUUAUAUUUAAAAACAAUUUGAUGAAAUUUAUCUAAAUGUUCUGCAGAUUUAUGUGAUGCUUGAAGUGUUAUUGAAACAGCUUGCGGUAUACUGGAAUAUUAUUGUUGGCUGCUAUUGAUUCAAUUGAAAUGUGCUUUUUUUAAUGCUCUAGAUACCAUAGUAUUGGGUCAUUAUGUUUUCUGGUCUGUGAAGUAGAUUGCUAUCUCAUUUAUUAGUGUAUUAAACCUGGGUGUUUUUAUCUGAAAUGAUUGUUAUAAUGAAAGACAACCAAGUAUAUUAUUCUCUGAAUUCGUUUGGCAUUAAAUCAUGCAUGUUAAUUAAAGUAAGAAUUUAUCCAAUUUAUUGUUAGCAGUUCAAACAGAGAACUGAGUAAUUUGGGAAUCAACUGAUUUGUUUCAAUGUUCUGAAUUAGGUCAACUACUGUAUGUUUUAACUUAAAUAUUGAGAACAUCUUGUAUUGUUUGUUAUUGUUAAUGUUUGAUACUGUUAAGAUAGAUCAAAUGCAUUAAGAUGAAUUAAACCAUUUUACAAAACCA